GUCCCUCCUGGGGCCUGCAAUCUGGGCAGCGCGGGGCGGAGCGCUGAGCGCGGGCCCGGCUUUGCAGUGAGAUCUGCGGGCUUUAAAGGCACCUGUGAGCGGCAGUUUCUAGCUCGACCGUGAGGGCCUUCGUCGUCAUGCAUCGUGUACCGCUGCUGCUCGUGCUGGGCUUGCUGCUCGUGGGCCCCGCUGCCCCUGCGCGCCUCGGCCCGAAGCGCCCUCCCCAACUCAGCAGCUUCUCCUGGGAUAACUGUGAUGAAGGAAAGGACCCUGCAGUGCUCAAAAGCCUGACACUCCAACCUGACCCCAUCGUCGUUCCUGGAGAUGUGAUUGUCAGUGCUGAGGGCAAGACCACCGUCCCUCUCGUUUCUCCUCAGAAGGUGGAGCUCGUGUUGGAGAAGGAAGUAGCUGGCUUCUGGGUCAAGAUCCCUUGUGUGGAGCAGAUAGGCAGCUGUACCUAUGAGGACUUCUGUCAGCUCUUGGACCUAUACAUUCCCCCUGGAGAGUCCUGUCCGGAGCCCCUGCACAGCUACGGGCUGCCCUGCCACUGUCCCUUCAAGGAAGGCACCUACUCACUGCCCACGAGCAACUUCACAGUGCCUGACCUGGAGCUGCCGAGCUGGCUGAGCACCGGCAACUACCGCAUCCAGAGUAUCCUGAGCAGCGGUGGGAAGCGCCUGGGCUGCCUCAAGAUGGCUGUCUCUCUCAAGGGCAGAUAGCCUGGCAGCAGCCACCACAGAAUGAAGGGGCACCAGGAAGGCCUGCCUCCUCUUCUGUGUUCCAGGGCCCAGACCUGCACGCCCCUAGCUGCAUUCUCCUACCGUUCUCUCUCUGCAAAUCACUGUGCAACCCAACCUGAGGGAGCAUGGACCAGGCUGGCCGACAUCUGCUGGGCUGUGAGCCGCACUCUUCCCCACCCUACGACUUUCUAAGAGUUUCUUUCCUGUCCAAAACAGUCAAGGAAUGGGAACCAACAUGUUUGAGGAAUCUUAAGUUCAAACUGACCCAACCUUGGCCUCCUGAAGUUAUCCCCACCCCUACCCCUUCUUUUGAGUCACCAACUUAAAACAAGAAUAACAGUAUUAACCUUUCUCAUUGCACCCUAAACUUCUCCUACGAAGAGGCUUAGGUAAUCCAUCUUAGUCUGCCCCCCAUUAACUGCCGCGAUUAAUUAUAUUCUCUUUCCAGUUUGCCUAACCACCACAGGGGCUGGAUGGAUCCAGGAGAGGCAGGGCAGUGUGCAGCAGAAACCCCGUGGGAGUCAUGAUGGGCAUGUUUCACUAAGCUCCAUAAAAGCCCAGGUGCCUGCAGGGCUAAGCAGAAGGAUAGGGAGCCAAGGCAAUUGCUUCCGGGCAUGGCUUUCACUUUUCCUUUUUUGGCAUGACACACACACAAGGAGUGGGCUGGCGUUCCUUCUACUAGACAAGGAAUGAAACCCCAAACCCCAGUAGCACAUGUGCUCUGGUGCCAGGUGGCCAGGGUCCUCCUGUAGGGGAGGAGUCCAGUGUGAGCAGUAAGUGCCAUGUAAGAAUGUUGCCAGAUAGUCACAAUAUUUUUUCUCCCUUAGGCUCCAAACCCAGAUUUUUAUAUGAAAUCUUAGAAUUUUUAACUGUUGGUAACAAAUGUUUUUUAUAUACUGUACAGGCCAGAGGGGCCACAAGGACUUGUCUGGGAGCUCUCGGGCUCACAGGUGACUGCUUUCUCACACCUGUUCAUCUUCUCAGUCUCAAGUUACCUGGCAUCAUCUCUUCCCUCUUCAGGGUCAAGUCUACGGUGUUUGACCUCAAAGAGGGCUCAGCCUGCUCUAGAGGAGGUCCAGGUGGUCUCUGAGAGUUGGGCACUGUGCCAACCUCAGAGUUCAUCACCAUCAGGGUACAGGGGUUCACACUGGAGGGGCCCCCCAGAAACCACCAUGUGGAACAGCGAUCCCAUGAAGAGAGUGGAUCCUACAUCAGGUUGCACCAUGACAACUUCCUGAGCCUCGGACAGCCCGAGUUCUGGACUGGAAGCCUAGGCUGGCAAUAAAUCUUUUUAACUUGUCAAGUGCCCUCCUUUUCUUGGUUGCAUUCUUCACUGGGCAUGGCUGAGUGUUUUGGAAGUUUGUGAUGGGCUGUUGCUGUGGAAGGACUUGGUGGGUGGUACAGGGGACUCCAGGCAUCACCAAGCAUAGGUGCUUGUGUUUAUCUCAGUAGUAGCUGGGAUUUCUGCUUUGCUCUGAGGGUGAGCCUGAGCUCUCAGGGUACGAUUUUACUUUCUUUACCUACAGUUUCCCACCAUUCUGUCUUGUCUUUUCUUCUUUUCAUUUCUUCAUUUUCUUUUCUUUUUUCUUUUCGUGUGUGUGUGUGUGUGUAGGUCAGAGAACACCCUUGGGUGAUUUCUGUUUUUGGUUUGGAACAGGGUCUCAUUAACCUGGAACUCGCUGUGCAAGCAGGCUGUCCCGUUAGCGAGUCCUAGGUAUCUGUCUGCCUGCCUCCACCUCACAUCUCACCAUUGCUGGGAUGACACAUGUAGUCCAUCAUGCCCACCCAGGGUUUUACAUGGCUCAGGGGAUCUGAGCUCAGGGCCUCACACUUGUAAGUGCUUGAUUGAGCCCCUCCCUACUCUUUAAUUUUGAGACGGGGUCUUGCUCUAGCCUAGAGUGCUCUCAAACCCCUUAUAUAGACUUGAUUUCCUUCUGCCUUCAAGAUUACAGGCCUACUCCACCAUGUCUAGCUCUCUUUUGAUUUCUAGUUUGCAUUCUGCUUUUGUGCUUUGGUUUCUCACUGGGUGGUAGAGAUUAGCCUGGAACUCAGUCCUUCUGUACCAGCCUCCUGUGCAGUGGGAUUAUACACAUGUGCCACCAAAUCGGUGCCCAUGUUCAGAACAGAACCUUACUAGCUCAGGAAAUCUUUUUAUGUUUGUCAUACUUAUUAAAAUGUGCCUUGAUGUCUCUUGAGGGGUGGAGGUAAGAUUGAAGGGUGACAUCUUAGAUCAUGGGACAAAGCAGGAUGGUGUGUUUUGAGGCCUAGAAAGAAGGAAAUGAGGUCUUUGGGAGCAGGCACUUGCAGAGGAUGUUGGCAUACCGCUCUUUCUUGUUUCUCAUUUGCUUCCUGCCCACAUGAAGUGAGCACGCCUGUGUACAUCCCACCAUGAUCCCCUGCUUCCCAACCCUGUAGUUAUCAUUCCCCCAUGGUACCCCAUUUCCCAACCCUGCUUACAUCAUCCUGUUGUACUACUCUGCUCUGCCAUGCACCCUCCUGAAUACCGGGAUUAAAAGUGUGUGUCACCAGCCCAGUCUGGAAGGUGGGUUUUUAUUUUUGUGUGUGGGGUUUCAUUUUUCUCUUUGUUUUGUUUUGAGACAGGGUCUCAACAUAGUCCUCAAUAGUCUCAAAGCUUCUGUGAAGCUGAGAAUAUUGAUAUGUGUGUGUGUGUGUGUAUGAAAUUUUUAUUUUUGUUUUUUGAGGCAAGGUCUCCCUGUAUAGCCCUGACUGGCCUAGAACUCACAAUGCAGACCAGGGCUGGCCUUGAACUCUGGCCCCUGAGUGCUAGGAUCAAAGGCAUGGACUCCACAUUAAGAGAAUGCAGGAGUCAACUUGGAGCCAACUCGAUGACUAAGUCUUGGUCAAUUUGAGCAAUAGAAAAUGACAAUAACUCAUUUGAAUCUUUUAAAUAAGAACACAGGAUAGAGCCCUGUACACAGUGGAUCCCAGGGAAAAACAAGUAGAAAAAGAUCAGCAGCCUCAGGAGUGAAUAUCACAGGCAAGACUCCCAUGUGGAUGCUAAGCCUGGGAUGAGCCGGCACAGAGCAAGUGUCUGCAUGCUUUAAACAUCUUAACCUGGCAGGGUGUGAUGGCUCACACUUGCAAUCCAGCCCUUAGAGGAUUUUAAAUUCGAGGCUAGCCUGGGAUGCAGUUGAGACUCUGUGUCAAAAACAAAACAAAACCCUAUAAAAUGAACAAUUAUUGAAGACAUAGGUCAU